AUGGCGGUGGGGCUCCUCACGCACGUGGGGGCGGAGGCACGGAGGCGCCUCAGCCGCGAGCCGCAGGAUGGGGGUGUGGAGCCGCUCUUUUGCCUUCACCGCGACGCGCUGCGUGUAGUCGCCACACUGCGGGAGGCACUGCCGCCUCAGCCCGCCGCGUACCAGCACUCGGCGUACGCAGCGUGCGCCGCCCCGGCAAUGAACUGCUACUUCGUUGCGGCGCCCAUCCGCACGGAGAGGGGGACGACAGUUCCAGUGCCGGCGCUGCCUUUGCUCGAUUCACGAGACAAGCAGCUGGACUACAUUUUCUCCGCCGUAGCCGCGACGUUGGACCUCUUUGACUCCAUGACGCCUGAAUGGCAGGUA